UUCUUUGUCCGUAUUUCGUUCCGUAGGUAGGGAAUUCCCCGUCACAGAGUACUUUAAGAUUUAGAUAAAACAUAUACUUGAAAUUCCCCGUGAAUACUCAUUACUAAACGUCGAAUGGAAAUAAGUACCAAGUAUUGUAAUUGUAGUACCUACGUGUUAAUUAUUGACUAUUGUUACAUUUUGGCGGUAAAUAUCUGAUUAUAGUAGAGUAAAUAAUGAAUUAAAAUAUUCUCUGGUAAUCACCCGCCUAUUUCAAAAUGCAAAGACACAGGUUGUAACCGAAGUGGAUUGUGUUGGUGUAACACUCAGAAUAAUAAUAGGUUCUGUGGCUAUUGGAUAAUUGGUGUGACUGGUCAGCACGGGGCUCGUUGGAGUAAACAUAUAACAUUAUAUUCUUAUUUCUUUAGAGAAUUAUUAUAAUCUGCAUCUUAUCUUCGAUAAAUGGCUCCUAGAUAUUUAUAACAAAAAUAAAACAAUGUCGGCUUUAAAGAGAAUAACUGUGAAGAAAGCAAACUUAGUAGCUUUAGGCAAUAAUACAAACACAGUAAUUACUAGAGAAUUUCUUAAGAACUGUUUUAUUUUCAAACAGCCGACUGUUACUGUCACAACACUGUACGAUGUUAAAAAUUGCGAUUUCUUUAACGGCGAAUAUCCAAACUUAAUUAUAAAAAAUGAAUUAAAUACGACUCAAAAUACAAGUUAUACUGAGGCACAAUAUAGAAAAGGUUCACAAAAUAUUCGUAUGACAUCUGAUCUUUUUGUAAAACACUUUGGUCAAGCAAACUAUGAUAACCUUUUAGCAGGCUUGUGUAGUAUUAUAGAUCAGAAAAUAAAAAUUAAAUCAAUUAUGUCAAUAUUAAAGGAAAAUAAAUUUAUAGAAAAGCAAAUACAAACAGAAGAUACUAGUAUGGAUCUGUUACUCAAAGAUAGGUUGAGAAGAAAAAAAUUUAAACGCUGCAAGCCUUACAUCAUACAUACCAAUACAGAAACAAACAAUGUAAAACACAUAAAGAAUACUAAAAGAUGUAAAAGUGUGGAAAGUUUAAUGGACUUAGGAAAUGACCUACAAAUUACUAAUGAAGACAGCAAUAUGUCUGAUAUGAGUAACAUAUCAAAAUAUAGUGAAAAUACAUCAAAUGCAAUAUUAAGGAACCCUGAAUCAUUAUUUAAAAUUAUUGACAGUUGCACUUUGGAAAAACCUAAAUCGGUUAUGGCGGAAAAUGUUAAACAUGUACCUUUGACAGCUGAAUUUGAAGAAACAAUUAAACUAUUACUAAUAGACAACAGAGAAGUAACAUUAAGAUGUAAACCAAAGGAUGCAUUUCAUUUAUCUACUCCGGAUAUAUUAAGGGAUCUGAGUACUGAAGAGCGACAUAGUCUUUUAAUGCAUCAAGCAUAUCUUGAUUGGAAGUAUUGCUUAAAAAUUGACGAGGACAAUAAUAUGCCAAUACAUGUAGCAGUACUAAAUGAUGACUGUGAUAUGUUAAGAAGGCAUUGUAUUGCACUCAAAGCGAGGAAUAUAUCUAUUGAUACUAUGGACGGUGAAAAUAUGACAGCGUUACAAUUAGCAGCAUACUCCGGGUUCACUCAAUGUAUACACAUAUUGUUAGAGCAAGGGGCAGAUGUAUUGGUCAGAACUGACGAUGGCCAGACCUUGCUCCAUAUUGCUGCAGAGGGUGACAUGGAAAACAUUGCUGUAUUACUUGAUCACUGUGUCAAACAUGCAAGAAGCUUACUCAAGGAGUGUGAGGAAUUAUGGAAACCAGAGAUGGAAAGUAAGCCUGAAGAUGAGCUGGCGAUGUGUUUGUUACAGCAUCUGAGCACCUCUUGUGAUGAACAAGGUUACACACCCCUUAUGAGGGCCGCAGUGAAGGGUAACUACCAAGUUGUUGAGAAACUUGCCCAAACAAACCAGCAAUGUGUGAACUCGAGGAUGCCCACCAGUGGGAACACUGCGCUGUACUUGGCAGUAUGCGCCUCCCACACUGAUGCCUCACAGCUGAGAGACUUCAGUAAGUUAAGCCCUAAAUAUAGAAACACUAUUAAAGUUUUAUUACGUUAUGGCGCAGAUCCCAAGAUAAGCAACGAAACAGGAGUCAAUGUUAUAUCACUUUUGAGUGAUAUCCAAAUGCCUAGUCUCCAUGAGGUAUUUGCACAAACAACCCUUAAAAGUGAUGGCCAUACAUCGUUUGACAAAUUUAUGCUUGUAAAGACACCGAGUGGAAUAGAUUACAGGCAUAUAUCCAACAGUAAACAAGAAGCAAAUGGAACAUUGUAUGGAAAUGAUAAGUUUAUUAAAAAUAAUGAUAAAAUUAUUAGUAAUAAUGAAAAAGAUGUUAUAGGAAUUGUAAACUGUAAGAAUGUUAAUAGUGAUAAGAAUAACGAUGAUUUAAUUGUAACUGAUGAUGUAAAUGAAACUUCUUUGGAUAGAAUAAAUUUAUCCAAUUCUUUAACGGAAAGUCACAAAGUAAGCGAUAAUUUGAUAAAAUCUAAUACCAUACAUGCUGGAGAUACAGCUAAAACUUUUAACGUUGCUAAUAUCAAGAAUGUAAUAAGCAAAUGCAAUGGUAGUAACACUUCUGACUAUAUUAAAACAGCUAAUAAAGUUACGGUCAAAAAUUUAAUGUUAUCCGACAACGCAAAAGAUAAAUUUAAAAGAAGUAAAAUAAUUAAAAUUAAUAAUCCUAAAUUAAAGGAACAUAGAUUUCAAACUAUUAAGGUAGAUGGGAAAAUUUGUGUUAUGUCAAAUCAUUUGGCGAGAACGAAUGAUAAUAAAAUUAGAAUAAUUGAAAGGAAAAUACGUACUAAUAAAAGUGGUAACAAUAUCAAAGAAAUCUCAAAUGAAAUCGUGAAAGUGAAUAACGAAUAUUUAAAAAAUCAAAAAAAAGAUUUACUAAAUAAAUAUAAAAAUAUAAAUAUCUCAAAUCGUGUGCUUAAAACGUCGAAAAUUAAUAUUUUACGUAAUGUUUGCAUAACAAAAAAACCUAAUGUUGACUUAAAGCCAACCAUUCUGAAAAGUAGUUCAGAUAAUGAAAUUGUAGUAGUAGAGGAAAGUAAAGUUAGUAAUAAAAAUGCUGAAAUUUUAAAAGAUGUGUGAAAAGAGGUUCAGAAUAGUAUAUUUCAUCACGAGUGCGGAAAGCCUGUCAUUGCAAAGAGUUCCGACAAAUGUCUACCCGAGCCGAGGCGCAGCCGAAAGUAAGGGUUGACAGUUGGAACAAGUUGCAAUGACGGUUCCGCACGUGUACUGAACAACUAUUUUUAAUACAGUUGCAAAAAAAUGAAGCAAUUUAAUAGAAUAAUAAUAACACAAUAAACUCAACUAACUAAAAUGGCGCCAACCGUAAAAGAAUAUAAGCAGAUAUUUUUUUUGAUUACUUCACCCAUUUUGGUUAGGCAAAGGGAACUAUGCCCAUACACCCAAGUCUUCAGUAGAUUUUUUUUAUUGAUAUGAAAUGAAAAUGAAAUUUAAUGAGAUGAAAUGAAAUAAAACCUUACUGAAUCAAAUCAUUUAAUCUGAUAUUGAAACAAAUUUGUAGCUUAUAUUUAGAAAUAUUUGCAUAAAUCAUAAAAACUUCGUGGUUGGUCUUUUCUUUUUAAUAGACUUUAUUUUGACAGUUGGGAAAGAGAACGCAAGAGUUCGGAAAAGGUAAAGAAAAAGCACGAGUAUGUAAUAGACCACAUCCCGAACGCUAUACGUCCCUGCAAUACGCCACUAUUUGAGCGACUGUAUUAAAAAUGAAAUUGUAGUUGCAGAGGAAAGUAUAGAUAGUAGUAAAGAUGCUGAAAUUUUAAGAGAUGUGUGAAAAGAGAUUCAGAAAAUGAAAUUGUAGUAGCAGAGGAAAGUAAGGUUAGUAGUAAUGAUGCUGAAAUUUUAAAAGAUGUGUGAAGAGGUUCAGAAAAUGAAAUUGUAAUAGCAGAAGAAGGUAGUUUUAGUUAUGAAGAUGCUGAAAUUUUAAGAGAUGUGUGAAGAGGUUCAGAAAAUGAAAUUGUAGUUGCAGAAGAAUUAAAGUUAGUAGUGAAAAUGUUGAUAUUUUAAGAGAUGUGUGAAAAGAAGUUCAGAAAAUGACCUUGUAGUAGCAGAGGAAAGUAAAGUUAGCAGUAAUGGUUGCUGAAAUUUUAAAAGUUGUGGGAAAAGAGGUUCAGAAAAUGAAAUUGAUGUAGCAGAGGAAAGUAUAGUUAGUAGUAAAGAUGCUGAAAUUUUAAAAGGUGUUUAAUCAACUUCUUCAUAGGCGAUUCUAUGUGUUAUCUUUAAAAGAGAGUUGCCUCGCGGAAAAUAGGAAGUUUUAGACCAAAUAAUUUUCUGUUGGGAUGUUUUGGACACAAUUCAUUUUUUCGGCACUGCCCAGUGUGUUGUCAGAACAAAAGUUUCUUGUUAGUAAUGUCUUUUAUAUUUUUUAAGGAAACAAAGGCCAAUGAGUUAAAAUAUAAUGAAGACUUAAUUCGGGGCUUAAAAUAUCUUUUAAUAGAUUUGAUAGAUUGUAUGCAUUUUUUGAAAAGCAAUAUUCUUCUUCUAUUGCCAUAUCCUAUCGGAAGUUGGCAAUCAUUAAGGCUAACUGGAUUUUGUUCACCGCUGCCCUAAACAGUGAUUUUGUACUCAUAUUGAACCAGGAUGUUAGUCUGCGGCCAGGUUUUCGUUUACUGUUACGUAUUGUUACCACUUUUAUCUUGAGUAACUCUGCGGAGUUUCCCAUUGCGAACGCGAUCUCUCCAUGAGAUUCGCAACAUUCGUCGGUACACCCAUAUUUCGAAUGCUUCCAGCUUGUUGCUCAUCGCUUGCGUUAAUGUCCAGGCUUCGACCCCAUACAAUAAAACUGAGAAAACAUAGGAUCGUGUUACCCGCAUCCGAAGGCCCUUUUCAUACGUCCCGGUUGCCGGAUAGCCGGUGCCGAUUGUACGAUAACACAUUCAGCUUUCACACGGCACGAUUUUGUUUCCAGUAGCGUUCUUACCGUCGACUCUAGUAUAGUAGUGACUAGGCAUUCAUAAUUUAAUUUUCAAUCUUCUCUAAAAAGGAAGUCAAGAAAUUAUUGGGUUCAUCCGAUUUAGAUGAAAAGAGAGCACUGUGGAGCAUUAUACACCUUAUUUCCAGACUUACUGAAUGGUGAAAACAGGCUUUUCACGUACUUUAGGAGGUCAAUAUCCUCUUUUAAUCAAUUACAUCAUAGUUUGAAAUAGUUAUUUAUGGUAUUAAAACACGAAUGUGGAUUUAUCUCACGAGGCGAAGCCGAGUGUGAUAGUAGUAUCACAUGAGAGUUUUAAUACCUAAUUAUCAACAGUUGCAUACAAAACUAUCUACACCCAGAAUGUGAAUCUUCUAAAAGAUUCUGUAACUGUUAGCUUACUGCUAACAUUAAAACAGCCAUUCCUAGUAGUAACCAUCCAUUACUGAUUAUAUACAAAUAAACUAAGUAUUAAUGAAAUAAUUAUUUAUUUUAGU